UUUCAUUAUUGACCGGAAAGUCCGUGGUUCGAACCCAACCUCAGUAUCUCGACUGCUUCUGUCUAGGUUUGGGCAACUUGACAGUAUCUCAUCCCUCGUACUCCAUUUGGGUGUCAUUGCACCUAGGCACCAAAAGCGUGUUACAGUUGAACGAUUGUUUAAUUUUAUUUUUAUCGAUUUUUUAAACAGGAUGGUCCAGAGUAUGAAUCUGUCAAGGAAAUAUACCGCGUGGUGGACACAGAAGGUCAAGGAAGUGCAAGAGGCACAGGAUACCGGAAAUGCAAUGAGAUUAUUUCUGUCGAUCAGUGCGGCCGGACCCUGGGGACUGUCAGUGAGCGAAAGCAUCAGAUAUCAAACUGGCGCAAUUAGCUUCGGUAAGGAAGGAUAUCUCAACCUCCGGGUAAGGGCACUUUG